AUGCCUUAUGAGAAAGGCUUAUUUCUUAAGGUGAAAGAUCUAUUUAUUUUUUGGACCUGUCCACAUUGGCUAAAGUAUAGCCGGUCGUCUUUUUUGGACCGUUUAAACAAAAAUUUUUUCUUUUUUCAGAUUUUUACUUUUACUCGUUUACUUUUAUUUUCAAAUGUUAAAUUGGAUGAACAACAAAAACAACAAGCAAUUCAAUCGUUGUCUUUACUUCAAAAUGAUUUUUUCGUUUUCAAUGAAAAUACAAGAUUUGCUUGGUCUUCUGAGGAGGAAAUUAAUGAUGACAAAAUUGAAAAAGAAAUUUUUGAUAAUUGGCCGAGUCAUUUAAUAUUUUUUCAAAAGGAGAAAGAAAGAAAACCUUUGGGAAGUUGGUGGCCCUUCAAAUUUAAAAAAUAA